CUUUAUCAGCGUGCAACAUGGGGCCGGGAGUUUUUAAUAAAGGGGACCACCUCACGGUACCGGUUAAGAUCGUUUUAGUCUUCGACGGAAGUUGGUUUAGACAAUUAGUUUCAGAUUAGGAUCUAAAUUCCAAACACAAAACCAAAACCAAAAUGAGCUACUCGUGGGAUCAGCGUGUCGAAUUCAUCGUCCGUCACAUGUACGACAUUGACAACAAUGGCUUCCUGGACAACAACGAUUUCCAGUGCAUGGCCCUCCGUGCCUCCGUCAUUGAAGGCAAGGGCGAAAUCAACCCGGCCCGUCUGAACGAAUACAAGUUCAUCAUGAAGUCGCUCUGGGAUGAGAUCUCCGCCCUUGCCGAUUUCGAUAAGGAUGGCAAAAUCACCACCGAGGAAUUCAAACAGGCCGUCAAGCAGACCUGCGUCGGCAAGCCCUACUCCGAAUUCCCGAAGGCGAUGAAGGCCUUCAUCGAUGCUCACUACAAGAUGAUGGACAUCAACAACGACGGUCUGGUCAGCAUAGAGGAGUACCGUUACAACUGCAUCACCAGAAUCGCCGUUGAUGACAUCAAGGUGGUCGAUGAUUCCUACAACAGCCUGGUCAGCGAGGAGGACAACAAGCGCGGUGGCAUCACCCUGGAGAGAUACCAGGAGCUGUACUCGCACUUCCUUGGCAACGAGAACCCCAAGUGCCCGGCCGUCUACCUGUAUGGCCCAAUUCCGGAAUAAAUGUGUUCCAUCAACAAAACUCAUCAUCAAGCUCAAAAGAUCAACAUCAACAUCUUCGGCACAUCCACCCAUAGAGUAGAGGCAAGAGACCAACCACCACCAUUAGCCAUUUAUGCUUAGAUAAGCUAAAACAUUGUACCACAGGAAAAAGCUGCUCGUGAGGGACAACCAAGCACACACACACACGCGCGCGCGCACAAGCGCCAUGAAGUUUUCGUAACGAAAACCGAUCUGCAGCUUAAACUUUCAACAGCGCGUGCUGGGUGAGGCAGCGCAUCCUGAACGAUAACCAAACACUGAUGAUACAACAUUGAACGGCAAAAAUUGAACAACUAAAACACAACCAGGAAUAGCAACGGAAAAUGGUAGCGCAGGUACACGCAUCACCACACAAACAACAGCGAAAGCACCGACCAUUUUGAGAGAGAGAAAGAGAACGAAAAAAAAUCCAAAAACAAACGCCGUGUUCUAAAUCAACUUCUAUCCAUCUACGUCCCAUCUGUAGAUUCGAAAACUAAAACAUCUCACCAAUGGACUAGCGGUUUAGAUACGCGACAUAGUUUUUUUUCUGUUUGUCUUAAUUUGGAAGUGUGCUCAUGGUUUGUUUAAGCAUAGAUGAAUGAAGCAGAUCAGAAAACUAAAAAUCCCCAGCCGAACACGCGUUCCUUGCACGAUCCAUCGAACGUCGUCGUUUUGCUGGAAGGUUAGGCAUGUGAAGACUUCAAGUUAUAUAUGACGGUAAAUGCAUAUAGACAAAGGAAAAACAACCACUGACAAGGUAGAGAUCAGAACCAGCUUUUCCCCCCCGUUUACAUGGUAAAGAAACAAAAACGGAAUGGAUUUUUCAUAAUAAAACAAUUCAUCUACCAACCAAGAUCACGAGGAUAUGAAGCCUGAACUAAAUUCUUAUAAAAAGAAACUACUCUAGUCUCCAGAUUCGAUGAGCCCAACACCAUACGUAACGAUUUGGUAACGAUUUAUCAACAAAACCUUACAAAAACGAGAGGAGCAAAAAAAGAAACACAAACAAACACAAAACAAUGAGCGCCUAACAAUUACAGCUACCAGCGAUUUAAGAAACAAAACAAGCAUAUAACAGUAUAUAGCAGCUACCAACUACAACAGGCAGUCCCUCAAACUGAUAACAUACGACAGAAUAGAACGCAAUAAUCCUCGAUCUAACGACAGACAAAUCGUGCCGUUGCACGUUGUUCUUCGUGAGGUUAGGACGAUAAGGACAGAGGGACGAAUUUUAAAACCCCAUCUAAUCUCUUCCUUCUGCCCAAUUUCGCGUUUUCGUCUUUAACCUUUCGAUUCUUCUGCUGGCCACGAGUGCUGUCUUUGUGCUUCAAGUUGAUCGCUAGAGCAUAAUCGAUCGAUCAAGGAAUUAAUGCUUGCACACCCGAACCCGCAUUCUACGAAGCAGAACUUAACGAUCAUCAUUGCAUUACAGUUCCGUUCUUUGCUACGUAAAUGCGGCAUACAUUAAAAUCUGUCAGCCUGUAGUAGAGUAAGCGAUAAGCAUCCAAAAUUAAGAUCUUCUUUAGCCGUUAGUGGGAUGGAAAUACUUUCCAACCAAGUACCUUCCACAACUCCAUUCCACCGGAUGCUACAAAUGGAAGGACUUUUUUUGUACCAAUAUUCCCUACGACACCUCGCCCUGGGAAACUCUGUUGGACACACACACACACACCGUCCAACAGAGCCAAAAUGAGAGCUAUUAUUUUUAUUUUCUAUUAGUGUUCACUUUCAUUUCGUUUUGGCUUUGAAGUGUGAUCGUGCGCAUUGAAUGGUACCCGUUCAAGAGAUCAUCACGUUUGUGUACAUAGUACAGCCAACUUUCCUUACCGCAUAGCAGCAGUGUGUGGCCAUUCAAAAAAAAAACAAACAGUGCAUUGCUUUUCAGGUCCGCUUGCAAGCUACCGGAAAAUUGGUGGCACACAUUUUUUUCCCUGUGUGUGCUCCGGUUUCUUCUGGAGCCGGUAGCUUGUAGUGGACAAGAAGAAAACAUUCAUACCGAUGCAACCAUUUUGCUGGCUAUGCUCUAUGCUUAUCUUUCUCUUUGCAUAAACUAUAUUAACCAACAACAACAACAAAACUUCGUUUGUCCAACGAGAAAUUCUGCAUAAGAAAAGCUUGUUACGUUGUACUUUUCUGUUUAACACUGUUUACUUCUUAAUGUAGAUCUGCUACUAACCUCCUUAGCUCGUAGAUGGUUUCUAGUGUUUACAGUGUUUUUUUUUUCAGUUGUACUCCUAUGUUCACGUUCAAACAAACCCAAAACAAAUUUACGGGAAUGUGAAUCAUAAUAUAACCCAGGUAAAAAGCAAACAAAAAAAAUGAAACACAAAAACACACGCACACACAAAAACGAAACAAAUGAAAACAAAACAAAAAAAAACCCCAAAACAUACUUUUAACGAUAUCGUUUUUACUCAUUAACGUUUAAUUAAACUUUUCUUCAAUAUUACUCGUUUUUUCUACUCUUACAUAUUAUUACUAUUGUUACUAUUCACAACGUUAGGUUGUAACAAACAGAAAAAAACAUAUUAUACUAUAAUCUAAGUGUUUGCAUACUAGUGUGUUAGAAAACUGUUAUAGAUGAUACGUUUUUUUCGCCUUUAAGAAAUAUUUCUCGCCUCCUUCUUUGAAAGUUUGACAACUAUGAAACAGUAAAAGGGCCGUGUACCGUUGCAACACCAGGGAAACUAAUGGCCAAACACCAUCAACCGUAUCUCACAACCAUCGAGAAUCAAGAAACAUCUUUUUUAUGAGGUUAUGUCAUAAUGUUCGUUUGUAAUACCAUUCAAUUAUACCAUCUUUGAGGAAAAGAAUAGCAAAACAGCAAAAAAAAAAUCAACAUCAACGACAGCAGGAAGAAUAUUCGAAUUAAAAAAAAACAUAAUAAUACCAUGCUUUUACCUUUAACAUCUGUAGCGUAAAAGUACAUCGAGUUAGGAAUGUAGAUUGAGAGUCAGAGACAGAAAGAGAGCAAAAGCAGAUCCAAGAGCAGAGAUAGCGCAACAAAUAGGAAAAAAAAGAAACAACUGAAAAGCUCCCGUUUAUCAAUCGGGUUAACUUUAACACCAUUACUACUAACUAACUGCAAAGUCGCGAUUGGAAAUGCAAAAGCCCCCAGAAACAAUCCGUAAAUAAACAGCUGAUAACGGAAAACUCAACAA